GUUGGCGUGAUCUAAACGACGAGUGACUGUCGACGAAGCACCCCAAACGCCACUGCGUUUUUGGUCGGUGGUGCGUCCGUAACCUUCACCACUAAGCAACCAAACAAACCAUAAAUAAAUAAAUAAAAUUAAAUCACCUUUCAUUCUCUCUUCUCAUAAAACCCCAUUUCCCCAACCCAAGUCAAAUUCUCAAGUCUCAACCCAAUUCACAACCCUCUCAUUCUCUCUCUAAAACCAAUCCCCUCCUUUCUCUCUCUAAGCUGUUACAACCAUGGCCUCCACCGCCCCUCCCAUUCUCCCCAUCUCCAACGCCCAACCCGCCGGUGCCGCCUCGGCCACCGCCGUGGCAGGAGGUGAAGCUCCGGCCAACAACCCCGCCUUCCGCGCCUUCAUCAACAACCUCUCCGUCUCCCUCCGGAACGGCCUCGACCAGCGCCGCCCCUGGUCGGAGCUAACUGAUCGCUCCGCGUUCUCCAAACCCGAAUCCUUCUCCGAAGCCACGCUCCGCGUGCGCAAGAACUUCUCCUACUUCCGCGUUAACUACUACGCCGUCGUUUCGUUGAUCCUCGCCGUUUCGCUCCUCACGAAUCCUUUCUCCCUCAUUCUCCUCAUCGGCCUCCUCGCCUCGUGGACCUUCCUCUACCUCUUCCGCCCCGCCGACCAGCCUCUCGUCAUCCUCGGACGCACCUUCUCCGACUUCGAAACCCUAGCGCUCCUCUCCGCCUUCACCGUCUUCACCAUUUUCCUCACCAGCGUCGGCUCCGUCCUCGUCUCCGCUCUCAUGCUCGGCGUCGCCGUCGUUUGCCUCCACGGCGCCUUCCGCGUCCCCGAGGAUCUCUUCCUCGACGACCAGGAGAACUCUCAGGCCACCGGAUUCCUCUCCUUCCUCCGCGGUCCCGCCGUCGCCGCCGCUGCCGCUGUUCCCUCCGUCGGCGCACGCGUCUGAGCGGGGAGUCCUCAGAUCUGGCAUCGGAUAGCCUGAUCCGUUGAGUUUCGGUGCCUGAAAGCGGGAUGAAUGCGGAGAAAUGUAGUAUCUCUUUUGUUUUUUUUGGUUUAAAUUCCUUGAUCUGAUCUGUGUUGAUAAUACGUUUUAUUAUACAUAGGUGAAUAUGGAUUAUGAUUAUAUUUGUAUGGAUAAUGGAUCUCUGUUGUGCUGAUUUUAUUAUAUACAGAAUUUGCAGGUCUUAUUAAUGGAUCUGUGAGUUAUCUCAAUUUUAUUCAAGAGAUUUAUUCA